CUCUAAAUUAACGGGCGCCAACACGCCAAAUGCGGGUGAAAAUCCAAUUUGGCUAGUAGAAAAAAUCGUGCACUAGCCAAUUUGGCUGGUGGCGCCCGAGUGAAGUGAAUUCUGAUCAGAACGGUACAGCAAGGCGCAAGUCUCGUCUCGUUAAUGCCAAGCCAAGGCGGCGAGAUUUCCUACAUUACCCAUAAACACCAUGAAGACGCAGCACACUCUCAUUGGCUACUUCUUAAUUACAUCGACGUAGUCUAUGACGUAGUCUACAACCAUUGGCUGUGUGUUUGACACUUCCGACUGAAAUUGUUGUCAGGAACUGUCAGAUUGCUUCGAUUUUGGAAAGAACAGUGAUCAAGAAUGUGGCGGUGGUUAGAGAAAGGUAGUGAUUCGGAAAAUGCGAGCCCUAGUACUAGUGGUGGUGGAGCGAAAAGGAGUGGAGGUGACAACCGAGACGAAGGCAAGAAAAAGUAUGCGCGAGCGUUCAACCCCAAGUGGCUUGCUGGUCGUGAGUGGCUGCAGUAUGACAGCGAUAACAACCUCAUGUUUUGUGGCGAUUGCCGCAUAUACACGACGCCGAAACACCAAAGCAAUAACUUCGUUGUCGGAACAAAUAAUUUUAAAAUAGAGUCCGUGAAGGAUCAUGAAUUCGCAAGAAGCCACAUCGAGAGCCAGAGCACCAAGCAAGCUAAGGCGACGAGGGUGGAGGACAGCGUAGCUGUCAAGAGUCUACUUGCAUUGAAAUCUUCUCAGAUAAAAAAAAUGGGAUUGCUGUUUCGGAACGCCCACGCCAUCGCAAAGAAGGGCAGACCCUACACGGAUUUUACAUGGAUGUGCGAGGUGGAUAGAAUGAAAGGACUGGAGGUAGGGGAGACAUACACAAAUGACUACCAGGCAAAAGUCUUUGUGCAUUACAUCGCCAAGGAAGAGAGGAGAAAGAUGAGGGAAAAACUAUCUAAGAGUAAGUUUAUCUCUGUCAUGUCUGAUGGCUCACUGGACAGUGCUGUUAUGGAGGAGGAGAUUGUGUUCGUGCGGAGUGCUAGAGAGGGUAAAGUAAGUGUGGACUUUGUUGGAGUGAAAUCUGUGCCAAAGCCUGAUGCCAUUAGUAUUGCCGAUGCAGUUAACUUCAUCAUGACAAAUGAGAUUAGUGCUGAGUGGAAGAGCAAGCUGGUGGCCCUUACUACAGAUGGGGCAGCCGUUAUGACUGGAGCCAAACGGGGGGUUGUAACAAGACUGCGGGCUGACCGACCACACGUGCUAGGUGUCCACUGCAUGUCCCAUCGCCUUGAACUCGCCUUUUCAGAUGCUUUAAAAAGUAGUCCCAUGGCUAGGAAGGUGGAAGACCUUUUGAGUGGUCUCUACAGCCUCUACCAUAAAAGUGGAGUGCAUAGGGCGAGUCUUAAAAAAUGCUUUGGGGAGCUGAAUAUGACCUCAUUAAUGCCAACCAGAGUGGGUGGUACCCGCUGGCUGCCACACCUUCACAAAGCAGUAGACCAUUUUCUUAGGGGAUAUGCUGCUUUCAUAAGCCAUUUGCAAAAGUGUCAACAGGACACCACCCUCAAUGAUGGCCAGAAGGCAAGGGCGAGAGGAUUUCUAAGAAUUGCCACGGAUGGCGGAAUCCUCAAGUUCUGCUGCUUUAUGUCAGAUGUUCUUCACCAGCUUGGCAGUCUGUCCAAAACCCUGCAAAGAUCUGGGUUAGUCCUAUCUGAGACCCACAGCUGCAUGUCGUCCACCCUGGCAGUUUUGGAGAAGUACAAAUCAAGACCUGGACCUAAGCUUCGAGCUGUUCUGGAAGAAGACGCCUAUGAGGGAAUAAUCUUAACCGCUACAAAUCACGACUACCAUGCCAAUACCAGGGGUGCACUUCUGGACGCACUGACCCAUUGCAUCACAGCCCGUUUUAGCGACAUGAGCAGUACUCUCCUGAGAGCCAUGCGACUGCUGGAUUUCCAAUAUUGGCCAGAGUCUGACCCAACUGCCGAUUUUGGGGAUGAAGAGUUGGAGUGUUUGGUGGGCCAUUUCCGACCUCUUCUAGAGUCUGCUGGAGUCAACGCCUCACUCAUCCUGGACCAGUGGACUGCCUUGAAGUGUCAGCUAUACAAAGAAAUCUUUGAGAGGACCUGGCCAUCAAUUAACAGAAGGUGUCGACACAAUUUUCCGGACGUCCUGGAUGUCUUUGACUGCAUUCUCUCCAUUCCAGCCACAACAGCAGACUGCGAACGUGCAUUUAGCAUAAUGAAGCAGGUCAAAUCUGACUGGCGCUCCAGCCUCAAAACUGAGAGACUGAAUGACCUUCUGAAGGUGCAGCUCAGCUCACCUGAUAUUAAGGACUUUGACCCUUGCUCAGCAAUUGAAAUCUGGCAUGCAGACUGUGUGCGGUCACGAAGACCUGACUUUGUACGUCAGGAAAAAAAUGUGGGUCUUGAACGUGGCACUGAAUCAGAUAGUUUGUCUGAAUCUGACUGUAAAAGUGAUGAAAUGGAAUAAAACGUAAACUGAACAGUGAAUAGUGCGAAGCAUAAUAUGUACAUUGUGUAUGUGUUGAGGAAGAAGUCUAAUAAAGACAUUUCGAGAAACAUCA